AUGCCUGCACAUCUAACCGAGUCUCCCGACCGAAAUAUCGCGGCUAUUGAGCCUUUAACAGGCAGUGAUAAUUAUGCAACUUGGAAGCAUCUUAUGACCUCCUACUUAAAGGCAAGACAAGUCUGGGAUGUCGUGUCCGGAGAUCUCCAACGCCCUAACUGCCUUUUUAAAUACGCAAAACCGAUUACGGCCGACAUUGUUCCACUGGUUGAUGAACGACUUAUUGGAGCCCCAAGACAGAAGGCUAUCGAAGCUCGUCUAGAAGCUGAAGUCCAGGCUUUUGAGCGACAUCAGGAAUGGUCCAAACGUGAGGCUGAAGCCUAUCACACAAUCUUUCGAUAUCUUUCCGUCGAAAUCAGUGUUCAUGUUGCAGGGCUAGAAACAUCUCGAGAUCUCUGGAACGAACCUUGA